AAAGAACGCUUGAUGUAAACGUAAUGAAGUACACCCUGCAUGAUGGCGGACAGACUGACACAGUUGCAGGAUGCUGUGAACCAACAAGCUGACAACUUCUGCAACAGUAUCGGCAUUUUGCAACAAUGUGCUCAACCAAGUCCAUUCCCCAACUUCGAAAAGCCAAGUGGAAAGUCGUCACCGGCCCCUCCACAGGAUGAUUAUGCAGUACUGUUCUCAAAGCUGAUCGCGCGUACAGCCAAGGACAUCGAUGUUCUCAUUGACUCCCUGCCCAAUGAGGACUCUUCCUAUGAUCUGCAGACAGCCAGUCUGAGGAAAUUAGAGGUGGAGAACCAGGAUGCAGCGCGGAAGUUAGAGGACGUGGUUCAUCGGGGCGAAGUGCUGCUAAAACAGAUACAACAGGCGCUGCACGACAUCGCACAGGCGCAGCUGUCGUGUCAGGCCAUGGAGACCACGUGACCCAUGGCAACAGCCUGGCGUGCCGUGUGAUGUGAGAUGCAGGUCAUCAGGAACCAUCCACGAGGAGUGACAUUGGCGUGUCACACAGUACUUGGUGACUGCCAAUACUCUUCCUGAACACGAUCUUCUAGAUUGACAAGAAUGUGGAUUCAAGGCUACAUUGGUAGACUGUCUUAAAGUCAAGAUACGAUACACUAACUCCUCACAACUGGACUGCAGACCAAUUCAGAGACAUUGAGCAACAUUGGUUGGUCAAAAUUGAACAUCUGUUGAUAACAUCGGUCAACCAGAGACGAUGGUAUCAUAUAUUCCAAUUUUCAUUAUCGUACCAUGAAUGCAUGUCUUUAUGAUCUGAAAAGAAAUCAUUUUAUAAACAGGGACUGCUUUCAAAGGUAACUUUCAGGGGUCAGUGACUGGGUCAUCUGAGGUGCUGCAAUUCUCUGUGCAGAGUUGCUUCCCUUACAAAAGAUCACUUUCAGGUUGGUCUAGUUGUUCUGACAGCACUUGGGGGGAGUGGGUGGGUGGGUGUUAGCCUAGCGGUUAAAGCGUUCACUUGUCACGACGAAGUCCCGAGUUCCAUUUCCAACGUGGGUACAAUGUGUGAAGCCCAUUUCUGGUGUCCCCUGUCGUGAUAUUGCUGGAAUUUGCAAUGGGGGCGUAAAACCAUACUCAUUCACUCACUCUGACGGCACUAAUUGGAGCAAAAAUGUAAACAUAGGAACAUUUACUGUUGCUUUGUUAACUGAUGUCUGUAUAUUUUGUGUUUCAAAACCUUGAAUAUGAAGUUCACCAGAGACCAUAUUCGGGGGUUAUAUGCAUGCUUUCCUUAAUCAGAUGAAGAGCUUUGAGGAAAACCUGUGUCAGAUAUUAUUAAAUAGGUUAUGUUAUCUUUGCAUAAACACAAGGGGUGGUCAGGUAGCCUAGAGGUUAAAGCGUUCACUCGUCAUGCUGAAGGCCCAGGUUCGAUUCCCGACAUGGGUACAAUGUGUGAAGCCCAUUUCUUGUGUCCCCCGCCGUGAUAUUGCUGGAAUAAUUCUAAAAGCGGCGUAAAACCAAACUCACUCACUCACUCACACAAUUUCAAGGGACUUCAUAACUAUGUAAACAAGAUGAUAUUUAUUUACACAUUUCAUUUUUAGUCAAAGGAGAAAUAACUUCAAUAGCCUGUAACUUCUGUUUUAUUAAAAUGAUGUAAUCUCCAUGUUGGAUCACUAAACCUUUGCAAAGAGUAAGACUUUAUGCAAACCUGUAAGUUUAUACAGUUUGGUGGUAAUGUUGUAUUUGGACUACCAGAAGCCUGAUGUUGGAGAUGUUAUCAUUUGUCAGUCUAUUAAGCAGUCUAUGCGUGCUUCAGUGAAUAGUCUCCCGUACAAGUGUUCGAACAGUCUGGUACUGCAUUGGUCACAUGUGAUCAUGUUUGUCAUAUGUACAAUUUUUCAUCAUCCAAUAAACAUCACAUCAUU